AUGAAAACCUUGUACAACCGCCUCAGCAAAUAUGACCUUGAUGUAAAGGAGGCACUUAAUCGGCUGCCUAAGGAGAUCGUGGAUGCCAAGAACCGGCGUCUGAAGAGCGCUAUGGACCUCUCCAUGAAGCACGAUUAUCUUCUAGAGGAUCUUCAAGUCGAUGGGACAAGCAUAAAGGCCCAAAUAUGGGACACUGCUGGGCAGGAGAGCAAUCGUGCCAUCACGAGCGCGUACUACCGUGGGCCUUAA